AUGGAAGAUUUUCCAGUGAACACUGGUUCUGCAGCAACGACAGCAAGCAACAGUUUGAAAGGACAGCAUUUACCAGACACAGCCACUACAAAGCCAGUAUUCGCUGCAGUUGCAGCGGCGCAAAUUUCGCACUCAAGCACUACAACCCAUAAUAUAUUCCAGUUUCAAACGCAGUCAAGCACUGCAGCUGCUGCUGAGCGCCAGUUCACCGCUGCAGCAGUACCCCCGGUUCAAACAUCGUCGUCAAGCACAAUUUCAGUUACCCCAACAGCAACAGAAGAAAGCUCAGUGGAACUUGCAAAUGCAGCUGCCAGCAAUGCAUUCGAUGCCCACACAGCACCAACCUUGUUUCAGAUGUCCACAGUUUCCAGCUCGAACUCAUCUCACACAUUAAAACCUCUUGGAAAUAUAACGAACGGGCCCAUUUCUCCGUCUAGCAUUUCUCAUAUAACAAAAAUAACUCGCGCGUGGAACUCCACAGAUAGGCCAUCAACAGCGAAUUCGAGCAACUUGCCGUCAUUUAUCACACUGCAGAAGAACGUGCCUCUGGGAGACAUGCACAUCGUACAGGCUGUAGAUCCGCCAAGCGCAGCUGCCGGCGAAACUAGCCCGAAUUCCUCAACCGCUGAUUCUGUUGGAACUACGAACGGAACGCCAACUUCAAAUACCACUCUAACAAUGUCAGUUAAUAACUCAACACUUAGCCCAAAUACAACGUUCUGUAAGGAUUCGCUCACGGCGAGUGCUUGCGAUGAUGAGCUUGGAGACGCAUGCACCAUUCUGCAAGAACCUGAUGAGUAG